CAUCCGUCUUCCAGCCAAUAGCAAACCGUCCCGCCUGAUAUUUUUUUUCCUGACGGUGUGAAGAAGGCGGCGUCGUGGGUCAUCUCCUCACUCUGCUCGUGUGAACACCAGCGCGUGAUUUGGCUCCCCGCCACUUCGGCUAUGUGCAGCACCGUCCUGCAUUACCGACCGCGCAAGCUGCAGGUUCUGGCGUCUACUACAGCCUUCGUAAUGUUCGCAAAUGCGCUGGCAUUGGCCGCUUCUUCUAAUAGCGACAUCCUCGCUCGCUGCGAGAGCCUCCAGAGCGACACAGCGGAACUUACAACUCCAACAAAUGAAAAUCUCCCCGCGGACGUGGCAGCCUCGCUGACCGCGCAUUCUGACGCUUCCUGGAGUGACCUGGACGACGCCACAAAGGUGGGACUGCUCUGGCUACAUGGCUACGUGUUCUCUGGCGGCACCAGCAAUGGUAACAAGGCCGGAGACGAUGUAGUCCAAGUCUACACUCGCUGCUCUACUGGAUCUACAACAGGCGUGGAGAUGUCGAGUAUUGGAGUCUCAUACGACGACUUCACUGCUCAGUGUGAGGCUGCACACUGUGGCACUUACUACCAAGCCACGAACGCCAAUUGUGUGGCCAAUGUGACUAGUUCUAUUCAAUGUGCAGUUGAUAAAGGGACUUCUAUGCUGCCUACAGCCAACGACGUAUCAUUCUGGUCUUCUGCAGAGUCCACCAGUACUAUUCCGUACCCUCAGGCUUAUCAACAUGAAGUCACAUUGACCGACACAACGGAGACAUUACAACUGUAUUCGGUCCACAUGCGGAAUGACGAUACCGGUGUGUCGUGUGGUAACACACUGGAUACGAUCGUCCCGUGCUUAAGACUGGAGGACGUUACGGUGUCUUCAGACUUCUGUAAACCGGCAGUGGAUGAAGCUACAGUGACGAACUUUUUAUCAUCAAUGAGGACAUUACAGGUCAGCAAACUGUCGGACGAGGACGUACCACCGGACAGUGAUAGCAACAUGCCAGUGAUCCUUGGUGCUGGUAUUGGUGGAGCUGUCCUUAUCAUUGUCAUUUUAGCCAUUUGCUGCUGUCGUAAGAAGAGAAGGCAGCAUACUGGGCAGCUAUCAGAGACUGCAGCUCUCGGCACGACACAUGAGCAGAGUCAAGCGAGUGCUACACGGUCAGGACUGGGUUUUAUUCCCCGCGUUAUCGGACGACGCGGCAAGAACAGCGACAACGACAGUGAGAGUUCGUCCAACGCUGCCACUAAUGUGAACGUACAGACUAAUCGAGGUCGACGGUCCUCGUGGUACACGUUCGGUAACGCUAGCAACCGCGAAUCAACAGCAUAUGGACGUCGGUCGUCUAUGGCUGGUACGUGGGUUGGAGCUGCAGCUGGAGGCAAAACAGUGAGCGAAUACUGCGAUGAAUCGGAGAUUUUGACAGAUUUUAUGCAAGACCCGGAGAUAUUCACAAAGCGCAUUGCCUUUGACGAGCUUACGUUCCUGCGUAUGUUGUCAAAAGGAGCGUAUGGUGAGGUGUGGCUGGGUCAACUGGAGACUCGACAUGUGGCUAUUAAACGUUUGUUACCGGAGAAAUGCCAGUUCACAGCCAGUUUGGAGCAAUUCGCCGGGGAGAUUCAACUAAUGUGCACUUUGCAACACCGUAACAUUGUCUCGUUCGUUGGUGUGAGCUGGAAUCGGCUGCAGAAUCUGUGUGCUGUGGUGGAAUAUAUGGAGGCAGGAGACUUGGAUGAAGUACUAAAGAAGAACCGAGACAAGUUCUCGUGGCAACGCGAGAAGAUCUCCAUCGCUAUGGACAUCGCAGAAGGGCUGGUAUACCUGCACUGCUUGCGUCCUGUGGUCGUACACCGCGAUCUCAAGUCUAAAAACGUUCUUUUGAACCGUAAAUUCCACGCCAAGUUGAGUGACUUCGGCGUAAGUCGCAAGACUCACGUGAACGAGACUAUGACGUCAGGAGUGGGGACUUUAUUGUGGACUGCGCCGGAGAUUAUCGAAGGCAAGAAAUACUCAGAAAAGGCAGACAUUUACUCGCUUGGUGUCGUGUUAUCAGAGAUGGAUACAUGUGAAGCUCCGUUCGCAGAUGUGACGUCGGAUAAAGGCGAACGAUUGCCAGGGAUGCAACUGGCUCAACUUGUGCGACUGGGGAAGAUUCGGGUGUCUCUACGUAAGGAUUGUCCGCCUAAUCUUCGUAAAUUGGUCAUGGAGUGUACGCAACUGGAUCCCGAUGCACGACCAAGUUCCAUGCAAGUGGCCUUCACUCUCAAGAGUAUUAUCGCCCCGACACUGCGGGUGUCAACGUCGACUGCUACGACAGCUUCUACGUCGUCUUCCAGUGGCUUCCCAUCCAGCGGAAGUUACUCUACGGCUAGCCAGGUGCUGCAAGGACCAUCGCCUAAAGUCAGAGGCAGUCGUAUUUAAUCACCGGUCUUGCUAGAUUUAUUUCUAUGUUGGCUCGUACAAAUGGCCCUGCCUGCUCGACAACAACGUCACGUCUCCAUUGCGUUCUUCACGUCUUACACUCUUGCUCUUCGAAGGCAUGACGCCGUAAUGAUAGAUCUUCAAUGUCCAUUUAGAUACAGCUCCGUAGUCCUCGUCAUUGCACCAAGUAGCCACAAUACAAACAUCGGUAGUGUCCUGCGUCCCACGUAACAUAACUUUCUCACAAGCCGGUCAGGUCGAUCGCGUAGUUGCUGAAGUCGCGAAUUUCUUGACCCAGUCAAGCGAAAACAACGAAAUGUAUUAACGCAUUGUAGGCGUCUACGUGAUGACAAUCCACGAAUCAGUAUCAAAGUACCCGUAAUAACUAUCCUCAAGUGAAGGGUAGAAUUGCGAUGAUAAAUAACGUUACUUCUCAAUAGCAUGUAAUCAAGUUGCCCCA